UGUGCAGCCCAGCGUGCUAAACGGGCCAUCGGGCCGACCCGUUUACUAAUCAGGCCGUGCCUGGGCCAAGGAGCAGCGCCCGUGGGCCGGCACGGCACGGCCCGGCUAUUAAACGUGCCAUGGCGGGCCGUGCCGGGCCAGGCACGAUUAGCACGGGCCGGGCCGUGCCGUGCCGGGCCGGCCCGUUUGGCCAGGUCUGGUCUAUGCCCCGUAAAUGUAGGAUUAUUGCUGCCAAGCCCCCCUCCCCUGCUUUGCCCUCCGCUCCCGCGAAAUCGACCUCCCUCUCCCGCGAAAUCGACCUCCUGGUCCCGCCAAAUCCAAUAUGCCGCGACACCGCCGCUGCAGCCGGCUGCGCCGCGUCGUCGUCGGAGCUCUCCUGCUGUUAGCCGGAGGCCACAACGCCUACUCGGGCCGCCCGGUCUUCUCGCUGCCCCUCGGCCUCGGCGCCCGCCCCCGCCCUUCCCGUUCGCUGCCGACUUUUCGCCAUCGCCGUCGCCGUCGCCGCGAUCCUUCCGCCUCAGCGAUGACAGCCUCGCGCGGCGCCUUCUGCCCCUCCGCCUCCGCGCCGGCCACGCGCAGCCGCCGCAGGACGCGGAUGUGGAUGCGGUCCUCCUUCCCGACCAGGAGGUCCUGAUCCUGGACGACGCUGAGCCUACCGGCGACGCCAUCUGCGCCUUCAAGGGUGGGGCGUCCUCCCCGGCGAGACCGCUCGGGAGGCUGCCGGCGUCCGGGCUUCACGCAUACGUCUGCCGCCUUCCCGAGCCAGCGCAGAGCUUCCAGCAGCUCCAAGCGCCGCUCUUACUCCACUCCUCCACCUCCUCGGCCGCCGCAGCUGCUCCAGAUUCCCCUUCUCCUUCCCCGGGCCGCGCAUUGCUUAACUGGAGCAGCGACCCGAUAGUGUUCGACUCGGCUCUUCUGGACGGAGGCGAUGUGCUCGUCUUUGCAAAGGGAGUCAGCCGCCGCCAAGGUCUUCAGUGCCUGUAUCGCUACAGCGACGACGCCGUUACCAUGCUGGCAUCUUCACCAGCAAUCGCCUCAGUACAACAAGUUACUCGCUGCCCCUCGCCACCGACGCCUAUCAAGUCAGGAGGAAGCACCAAGGUUCUUGUCACACUAGGGGUCACCGGCGAGGAUCCCAUGCCCUCCCUUGCAACCUUUCGCCGACAGCAAGCUGAAUCUUCUUCAGUGACUCUUCAAAAGAGUUCAAUUUGCGCCUGCACAAUGGGACGCAACAUCUCCAAGUUUCUCAGGAAGUGGGCACUGUACCAUAGUGCGAUUGGGGUGGACAAGUUCUUUAUCUACGAUAAUGGCAGCGAGGACAACUUGGCAGGCCUAGUGGCGCAGCUCAUAUCCGCAGGUUCUUGCCAAUGGAUGGCUGUCAUGGACGUCGAUGAGUUCAUCUUCUCAACAAACUGGAUAGGAUUAGAGAAGCCAUCAAAAUCUUUGCUAGAGCCCGUCAUUUCUGUUGAUGAUAGCGUUGGCCAAAUAUACCUUCCGUGUUAUGAUUUUGCGGUCGUCGGCAUCAGCAAUAGGGGAAGACGGAUCUGUUCUGGUGGGAGGUGACUGAAAUUGAUGCUCGGUGUGGAUCCCGCCCCCGCAAUGGUUUUCGCCCUCUGUCGAAUCUGUCACACCCUCAUCCUCUUCUUCUUCUUGCUGGGUCCAACUGAGCUUUGGAUCUUGGGAAGGGAUGGAGGAGAAGCUGCCGCCGGCAGGUAUGUGAGAUGAAUCCUUGAAGAACAACGAUUUGAAUGGAUUGCAAAUGGGUUUGAGCAUACCUUAGAAGGAGUUGGGUGAACGAUUCCGUCGCGGGGUACAUCCCUGUCGGCGGCCGCUCCAUCGCCGGACGGCAGAUCUUGCGGUUUUCUCGCCGAGGUCUCGGAGUUGCGGUCAGGAAGGAAAUGGGAGGCGAUUCAAAUUUCGAAUGGCUUCUCCUCCCACAAGGUGGGGUCGUGACAGCAGUACAGGUAUGGGCCGCCGCUCGUCUCUGAAUACGUAUGCGAGGGUUGGACUCUGUAUUCAUCGCGUGCUGGUUUGGAAAAGGAUGCGAGGUGGGGUCGGAGUGAAAUGCCACCUGGGCUGCGGGUCCGGCUGGUGUGGAUCCACACGCGCUCGCUAGCGGUUGGGAUAGCCGCUGUGAACGGAACGCGAAAGUAAAAGACUUUUUCGUGAUUUUGCCCCCUCGGGCCAAACAGCACAUCCACCAGAGGGGGUCUGCCAGGGCUACACGUGCCGGUUGAAGAACCCGCAGCGGCACAAAUCCUUGGUCCGUCUCAACGCUGUGGAACCAUCCCUCAUGAAUGUGGUCCAUCAUUUUAAGCUCAAGCCUGAUUUCAAAAGCAUCUGGACCGCGUUCGCACGUAUUAACCACUACAAAUACCAAGCUUGGUCGGAGUUCAAAAUCAAGUUCAAGAGGCGCGUGUCUGCUUAUGUUGCUGAUUGGAAAGAUCCGAUCAACCUCGACUCAAAGGACCGGGCUCCCGGCUUAGGAGUUGAUGACACCGAACCAGAUGGCUGGGCCCAAAAAUACUGCGAGGUUAAAGACAAUAUCCUUCAGCUGUUAACUGCAAGAUGGUUUGGUGUCGGAUUUGGGAACCCUCAUUAGCUCCAAUCAGGCCAGGUAACACACUGGUAAGAUCUAUCGCCCCUCCCCCUCUUUUACAUAGUAAUUUCUGUUUAUUUAUAGUAGUAAGACACUAACAGAACGUAAAUCAAAACCACCAAAUUUUCCAGAAUUAAAAAUUAUCUCUUAAAUUGGAUGGUGUACACCUUUUAAAUAGGCUUUAGAUUGAUGGGGAAGCACCACAGUACGCAUCUACUGCUCAAUGAUGAACAUACUCCCUCUAGUCUAGUUCUGAAGAAGUCCCCAAAGUGCAACCUUUACUGCUUAUUUUUUUUAACUAUAAAACUCUUCGAAAUUAUACUUUUUAAAAAUACUUUAUGAGAGAUAACCUUUAUUUUUAUUAUACAUUACUGUGGAACUCUUCAAACCAAUAGUUUUUUUAAGAUACUUCAAGAUUACCUACACAUGGUUUUCACAUAUCCAAUCCAAAAAUAUUAUGAAAUAUAGUCAGUCAAAGUUUCCAAAAUGUUAAUUGAACCUAUGCCUCAACCAAGAACUUUUCGA